AUGCCUGGGGUCCUCGCAUCGAUCAGAACAUCUGAAGUUGCGGUCGUGUUACUAUCCCUCCUCGCAUACUAUCUGUGGACUCGAUGGACUCACAGGAAGUACAAGGCAUUUCCGCCUGGCCCGACCCCUAUACCAUUCUUCGGAAACUUUCGUCAGCUGCCUUUCAAGGAUCAACAUGAAACAUUCCGAGAGUGGGCACAUACAUAUGGAGAAGUCGUCUAUGCCCAACUAUUCAGGAAGCCCAUGAUCAUUCUCAACUCGCUACGUGCAGUACAAGACCUCAUGGAGAAGAAAGGCGCGAUCUACUCUGACAGGCCCGGAUUCAUACUAUGGGAGGAUGUAUACGAUUUCAAACCUGUUACAACAUUUAUCAAUGCCGAUGACGACUGGCGAGAGCACAGGAAGCGGCUGCAAGCUGGCUUCGAAACAGAGAAAGCGCUGACUGGAUUCCAUACACCACUGAAAAGCAGCGUCAACAAACUGAUUAUCAAACUACUCAAUUCUCCGGAUGCGUUCUUUGCCCAUGUGCAACGAUACGCAAGCGACUUCACCUUGGACAUUGGCUAUGGUAUGGACGAACUAACGGCGGACGAUGCAUACAAUAGGACGGCUGAAGACGCGGUCCAUGCCGUCUUCUAUUCUGACUCCAUAGUCGCUUCGCUUGUUGACUUCUUCCCAAUCUUAAAGUAUGUCCCUUCAUGGAUGCCUGGGGCAGCAUACAACCGAGAUGCGGCGAAAGCAAGACACGUGAUACGUCAGAUGCUGGACGUACCAUUUGAUUUGCUGGUCAAGAAUAUCACGUCUGGAGUGUACAAGCCUUCGUUUGCUUCUGCGUGGAUUGAAGCAAAAUCUGAGAAUGGACAACUUUCGCCGCAAGUCGCAUUUCACAUUAAAGGCGCUGCUGCCACUUUGUAUGUCGCCGGUGCCGAGACGAGUGCAGUCGUGCUCUUGACCCUCAUUUUGACCAUGACACUCCACCCUGAGAUCUUGCAGAAAGUACAGCAGGAAAUCGAUGCUGUCGUCGGUUUCGAGAGACUUCCUGAGUUCCAUGACAGGAAGCAGUUGCCUUACCUUGAAUGCGUGCUGUUGGAAGUCUAUCGCUGGAACCCUCCCGUACCCUUAGGUGUCCCUCAUUCUCUGUCACAAGACGACAUAUACAAAGGCUACUUCCUGCCGAAGGGAUCGAGUGUGAUUUCUAACAUUUGGGCUAUAUCGCGCGACCCGUCCGUUUACCAUGAUCCGGAUGUGUUCCGACCUGAGAGAUUCGAGGAAAUGGAUGCCGAGAAAGUCAAGGCGUGGGAUCCAAAAAGAUAUAUCUUCGGGUUCGGCAGGCGGUGA